CUGUUCACGGAGAAGCGCUUCCACAGCCGCGUUUCUUGUAAUCAGUCCGCAAAUAAUUCAUUUUAUAGUUGCACAUUACAGGUUGAAUGUUGAAGUCGUUAUUAGAAGUGCCGAUUACCCUACAUAUGUGGAAAGUCUGCCCUAGGAGUGCCAAUCUUUUGUAGAGUGGGCCUCAAUGCUCCUCAUGAAAGCUGCCCACUCGACUCACCUGAAAUGAAAAGAAGUGCUCUAUUACGAAUAAUCGGGAGUGGAUUUACGUGUUUCUUCAAGACGAAGCAGUGAGUGAUGCAGGCACUGAGGAGGGUGGCCAAAGGGCCCUGACGGCUUUGCUCCUGAAAUAUAACUUUUCCUCUAUCUGUUCUCUGCAAUCUGACAAGUGCGGCAGGUUGGGCAGCUUCUGCAUCGUCGACGACAAAUAGCCGCAAGUGCUGAUUGCUACUGGUUGGCCCAGUCCACAAUCUGGCCUCAGAAAUGCGAUGAGCCUAGCUGAAAGUAUCACUGCCAAAACGGCAUGCCACAUCCCUUCCAAGGUCAUCGGUCAAGUCGAGGUUGGCACGCAGUGGAGUUUGGCUCUUGCCGACAAGUCUGUAGGGUGUUCGUUCAAGGCAGGGAGCGAGUCUAGGAGCGUGCAGACUGCGGAGACUGUGGAACAGUUAAGCACCAGCUCAGCAUCGAGACCUUCUAUUUCUCCAUCAACUGCCACAUGUGACAAAUCAAAGCAAGGAUGCCUCCACCGAUGUCACCUAUGCGACUGUGAGACUGAUAAACUGUUUCAUCUGGAAGCACAUGCCAGCGUCCAUACUGGGGACAAGCCAUUUCAGUGCCCUUCAUGCCCUCAAAGCUUCUCAAAAAGAGACUCCCUAAACCGUCACCUGUGCAUUCACACGGGUGAGCGGCCAUUUCAAUGCCCUUCAUGCCUUCAGAGCUUCUCACAAAAAGCCCACCUGAAAAGCCACCUGCGCACCCACACAGGUGAGAAGCCAUUUCAGUGCCCUAAAUGCCCUCAAAGCUUCUCAAAAAGAGACGCUCUAAACCGUCACCUGUGCAUUCACACGGGUGAGCGGCCAUUUCAAUGCCCUUCGUGCCUUCAGAGCUUCUCACAAAAGACCCACCUGAACGCCCACCUGCGCACCCACACAGGCGAAAAGCCGUUUGAGUGCCGUUCAUGCUCUCAGAGCUUCUCACGAAAGACCCGCCUGAAAGAGCACCUGCGCACUCACACAGGUGAGAAGCCAUUUCAGUGCCCUUCAUGCCUUCAGAGCUUUUCACAAAAAGCCCACCUGGAAGACCACCUGCGCACCCACACAGGAGAGAAGCCAUAUCAGUGCCCUUCAUGCCCUCAGAGCUUCUCAAGAAGAUACACCCUAAACGUUCACCUGUGCGUACACACGGGCGAGCGGCCGUUUCAGUGCCCUUCGUGCAUUCAGAGCUUCUCACAAAAGACCCACCUGAAUGCCCACCUGCGCACCCACACAGGCGAGAAGCCAUUUCAGUGUCCUUCAUGCUCUCAGAACUUCUCACGAAAGACCCGCCUGAAAGAGCACCUGCGCACCCACACAGGUGAGAAGCCAUUUCAGUGCCCUUCAUGCCUUCAGAGCUUCUCACAAAAGUCCCACCUGAAAGCCCACCUGCGCACCCAUACAGGCGAGAAGCCAUAUCAGUGCCCUUCAUGCUCUCAGAGCUUCUCGCAAAAGGGCAACCUUAUGAAACACCUGCGCACCCAUACAGGCGAGAAGCCAUUUCAGUGCACUUUAUGCCUUCAGAGCUUCUCGUUGAAGAAUGCCCUGAAGGUACACCAGCGCAUUCAUGCAGGGGACCGGCCGUACAGUUGCACUGUCUGCUCCAAGUCCUUUACGCGAUCUGAUCACUUGAACAGACAUAAGCAGAGAGCACAGCACCAUGAUACUAUAGGGUAGGUCAGCAACCAUGUUGAACUACAGUCUGAAUUAAAAAUCUACAGGCAUGUGGCAUGUUGCAUAACGUUCUACUGCAUCAAGUAGCAAAAGUGAUGUCAUCUGCUUUCUAAGUUCUGUGAUUUUUUUUAUUUUCAGUAUUGCCGUUUGGUACAUAUGAAGUUCUGUUAGACCCAUUCAUGUAUUUAUUUCCUCUAGGCUCGGAUAUACAUGAUUCGUCCAGAAGACUUUUGAUAUUCUGUACGAUUUUUUUUUUUUUACAGAUGGGUACUUUUUUAAAGCAAUUGAUUGUUCAGUAAGGUUUGAACUGUUUGUUUCAUAAGAGAACCAAAUAAAUACCUGUGCUUAAUGAGUACUCGUUGUCUGUUCUUGGUAUUUUAGUAUUUGAUUGGCAGCAUGCAGUAUAGUGAUUUUAGCAUUUUAUUGUAUUGGGGGCUGCAAGAGAGGUUGAGUGAUGGCAGUGGGAAGUUGAUUAUUAGCACAGAAGGCACUUGAUACAACUGAAAUACAUGAGUACUUAUAGUCUUUAGUUAAAUGUCAAGCCCCCCAUGCCUAAUUCAUUCUUACAUUUUAUUUCCACUAAUGUAUCAGCAUUUCUAUAAACACAGAGGGCAAGCAAUUGGGCCAAUCCUGUUUUUCGACAUCUGGAAAUAUUUUUUUCUGAAUUGCAGUUGUGUCAAUCUCAUAAGAAAU